AUGGCUCGACGUCAAAAACUAGUCUGCAACGCCUGUCGCCAGCGCAAAAGUAGAUGCGAUGGGACCACUCCGUCCUGCUCCAAUUGUGCCGCCACCGGCCGCCAAUGUCACUACGACAAGGCGCCGUCGCUGGCCUACGUGCGCGCAUUACAGGAGCGCAUCCAAAUGCUAGAAAGCCGGCAAGCUGUCCCUAAGGAAGGAUCCGUGCCACUUAAUUUUGCCGGACAGGAUGAAGAAUCUAUCAGUGUGGAUGCACGAGGUGAUUUGAGCUACCAUAACCUGACUUCCGCCAUUCAUGAAACUCCGUCUGAGAAGGAGUCUGCUUCGACAAUAGGAGAACCGCCGUCAUCAUCGAGUCUGUCAACAACAGCGACGAUAGCGACACCGUCGGGAACGGAGCAGGUGAAUGGAGCAGAAAUUCGACGGGCUUUGGUGGCGCACACGACGGCGCAAAGACAGCAGGAGGAUCAGCACCUGGACCUCAUCGCCACCCAUACAGACAUCCCGAGCCCGCUGGCAAGGACGUUACUAGAACUCUACUGGUGCUGGCUGCAUACUAGUUUUCUCUUUGUUUAUCGUCCCACGUUUACCCGGGACAUGCCGUUGCUGGUCGGACAAGGGGACGGUGCCCGCCGUACAUAUUGCUCAGAUACGUUACUGAAAGUGGUAUACGCGCAUAGUUGCCGGUUCGUGAGAGAUCCAGAAAGCACCUGGGAUCCGCUAGGACGCAGUGAGACGUUCGAACGGUUUGCAGAUCGAUUGAUGUCGGAGGCGCAGGUCGCCCUGGCGAUGGAGACGAUCAAUCCUCCAUCGAUACCGACGAUCCAAGCAUUAUUGCAGCAAUCUGCCCGCGACAUGGCUUAUGGACGGUCAUCACAAGCAUGGUUAUAUUCGGGAAUGGCGUUUCGUAUGGCAAUUGAUUUGGGUAUUCAUGUGUCGACAGAGCGGUUACAGCGAUAUGCACGGUGGUUGUCACCAGAGGAUAUCGAAGUACGGAAGCGACUUUUUUGGAGUUUGUAUGCGUGGGAUAAACAUAUCAGCCUAUACUUGGGCCGUAUGCCCAACUUCCUGGCGGGAACGGACAGUAUUCCUUUGGAAUUUCUGGAUGAUUACACUGAAACAGAGCCCUGGAAACCGUUCUACGGGUCCGAAAGGCUGGAUAACAGAGGCGAUUAUCCCCCUACACCUGGCCAUGUUGUCUCGUGCUUCACGGCGUUGUGCAAAUUGUGCAAGAUCUUGAGUCGCUUGAUGCUUGAGCUGUAUAGCCCCGGAACCCAUAAACCCAAAGCAGAGCCCGUCCAGGAUUUCCCAAAAAUGGCAGCCUUUGUUGCGAUAAAUGAGGAGCUUCAGACAUGGCGGAGUGGAUUACCACCGUUUCUCAAGAUCGAUCCUCAAAACAUACCUUCCAUCAGUCCUCCCCAUUAUAUCACCUCUCUCAACCUUAUGUAUCACACGACCUUAAUUCUGCUGCAUCGACCACACGUUGCGGGCCAGAGGGAUCUGAACGCACCCGCAGUACAGCGCAGCUGGAGAAUCUGCAAGACGGCUAUGCGGGCGAUCCACGAUAUACUGCAGCUCUAUGUGGGGACAUUUGGGUUCUCACAUAUCACCUACAUGAACAGUUACUGCACCUACACAGCAGCGACAACAGCUGUCUAUCAGCUGGAGAUCGAUGAUGAACAGCAGAAGACAAUUGGGCCAACACGAAACUCCAUUUGGACGGAACUGAAAUUCCUUCUGGAUAUCUUACAACGGACUGCGGUCUCCAUGACGGGUCUCAACCGCAGCAUUGACAUUAUUCGUUCGCGGCUGAAGAAGAUCCUUGAUAGACGGGCAGCUUCGCAAUUACAAUCCUUAUUUCCACCGGCUCUGAGCUCUCAGCGCAUGCCGUCGCAGUCCUCACAGCCUCCUUCUCCCUCAUCUUACUUCCAAUCAUCAGAGUUCACAUUCUCUGAUGCUCGUCCAACUUUAUCCGCUACACCGUCUCUUCUCCCUCGACAGUCCCAAUCUAACCCACUCAACUCCGGACCACCGACUGAAACCCCGCUUAACCAAGUCAAUACAAAUCUGGAAGCGUGGGCCAGCUGGCUGCCUGCGUUCCCGGGACAAGACGUGUCACUGGGAACAGAGUCACUCUUUGACUGCGAGGCAGGGUUAAGUCCGGAUACGCGAUGUGCGUUGAUGGGGUCGAAUUUGGAUCCGCAUUUGAGUCUGGAUUACCCGUUGACGGGCGAGGCGAUGGAUGAAUAUAGCCGGUUUACGGAGGGGUUGUAG